CGGGCGGGACAAUCAGGACUCGGCCUGAUCAGCUCAUGUGCAAUGGGAAGUAUCUCCUCGGCAUGCGGACACGUCAAGAUGAAUGGGCAAAGCCGUCCCAUUGGCCGCCUUGCCGCGCCACCCAGCCAGGGAGAUUGGGUUCCGGCUGGUUGCGGACGAGCAACUCAACCCUGCAUUGGUGAACAAGGCGAUUCGAUCCUCGCGCAGCUGGCAGGAGGCAGCAGCGGUGGGAUGCGUUUCCUGUCAGCUGGGAACGCCUUUGAACAAGUUCUGUAGCAGUACUCUGAUCACUUCCUUUGCCAAGGGCUCGGAAUGGCUCCGAGCCCUGGGCCACUUGCGACUGAUGCCACGACUUCGAAUGUCCCCAGAUGGGUUCUGCUAUGCGGCGGCUCUGAACGCCUGUCAGAGAAGGGACAAGUGGAAGUUGGUGGGCGGCCUUACUGCUGCAAUGCGGGACCAGCGGUUGCAAUCCAACGUCAUCAUCCACACCUGCAACCUGCGCGCGCUUCGGGCACGGGCCGGGGCUAGCCGGUGGUCGGCGGCGGUAGGAACGUUUCAGGACCUGGGAGCCGUGAACUUAGAGGCCGACGUCAUUCUUUGGAGCUCGCUCAUAAGCUCGCUCUCCUGGAGAAGGGUGCUGGACACUCUUUCCGCCAUGCAACUUGCCUCCUCCGCGGGUGACAAGAUUUGCUACAACUCAGCGGUCGCCGCAAGUGCCUGGCAGUGGGCUGCACAUCUUUCCUGUAGCCUGGCUUCGCGCUGGCACGUGCUGCCAGACCUGACCACUUUCACCUAUGCCAUGAGCUCCUCGCAGAGUUGGCGUCGUACUCUUCGUUUGGCAGAAGCGGCCCGGCACGUCGCGGUGGAGCCGGACGCCUUCUGCUGUACCGCCGCCAUCAGCGGAGCUGGCGCGGAGCGGAGCUGGCGGAGCGCGCUGAGCGCGCUGGAAGGAGUGCAGCCUGAUGCAGUGUGUUGGAGUGGAGCCAUCGCUGCUGGAAGCUGGAAGGAGGCCCUCAUCGUAGCUGGACAAGCAGCCGUGCAAGAUUUGCUGGGACCGUCCGGAAGGAACGCUCUGUUGUCGGCCUUGGGACGUGGAACCCGUUGGAGACAGGUGAUCGACAAGGCAGCAGUCCUCACAGGUGUGCGAUUGGACAACAUCGGGUUCAACUCCGUGAUGGCAAGUCAAAGUCGAUGGCAGAAGGCGCUGGAUGCCAUGAGUGGGCAAAUCCAGCAAACGUGUCUGCCGGACAUCAUCGGCUACAACGCCCUGGUCACCUCCUGUGCACAGUCUGCUACAUGGAGCUCCGCAUACGACGUGUUCCGCCGUGUUUUUACAUGUGCCCUGCGACCAGAUGUUGUCACACAUGCUGCCUGCAUGGGUGCCUGUGCCGAAAACUCCUGGAGAGCCACUGUGAAUCACCUCCAGCAGCUUCGGCAGCAAGGCAUCCGCAGCAACCAGGUGGCGGCGGCGGCGGUGCUGAGCGCCAUGGAGAUCCACAGCUCCUGGCGCACAGCUCUCGGAGCGCUUGGAGCCAACGUGGAGCGGGAGGCUUGGAACACGGUGCUGAGCGGAUGCGCCAAGAGCUCUUGGCACUCAGCCCUCACGGUGCUCGACCGUAUGAUCGUGGUGGGCACGUCCCCCGACAGCAUCUCCUACUUCACCGCCCUGGGCGGGUGCCCGUCCUGGCGCUGGGAAAGCGCCUUGAGGCGCUUUCUGGAGCUGGUGGAAGCGCAUGUGCCGGACGUCGUGACCUGCGGCUCCAUGCUGCGGUUUCUCGAAGUUGGCGCCGACUGCUUCUCUGAGAUCCAGAUUCUUCAUGACAUCGACGAAUGCGCCGUCCAGGGACUCAAAAAGGUCCGGGAGGUCGGCUGA